AUGACGAGAUCGUAUAAUUCUAAUAAUCCGAUUGCGACGGAAAAAAAAGAAACGCCAUCCGAAGAUGUACCCGCUGCCAUAUAUACGAUAAGUAAAAAUGUUUUGGGACCGAACGUGACGGAUACUAUAGCUCCCAUAGUACGACAAUUUCCACUCGUUAAUCUUAAUUCUGGAAAAGUUGUGGCGGAUAAAGGACGCGAAUGUACGACACCGAAUCAACAACAGGGUGUUUGUGACGAUUUGAGUAAUUGUCCUGAACUCCUUCUCGAUCUUGCUAAUUUAAGACAAUCAAUUUGUUUUAAAAGCUUGUUUGUACCUGGAGUUUGUUGUCCAAUUAAACAAAGCGGGUCUGUGUCAAACAAACCGUCGCCAACUUCAUCGGCUAUAUAUCAAAUUACAACAAAAAGACCUUAUUAUACUACGACAAGAAGACAAACAACAACCACGACCGUUAGAACAACUUCUUAUCGUCCAUCCACCACAACAACUUUACCUCCUUUGACCGUAGAUUCAAACGAUUGUGGACAACAAGAAGUUCCAGGAUUUCGUGUCGUCGGAGGUACGGAAUCGAAUCCCGGACAAUGGCCUUGGAUGGCAGCCAUAUUUCUUCACGGUGUCCGAAGAACUGAAUUUUGGUGCGGCGGUUCUUUAAUCGGACGACGCCAUAUUUUAACGGCUGCUCAUUGCACGAGAGACACAAGACAAAAACCAUUCAGCGCACGUCAAUUCACAGUUCGUUUAGGUGACGUAGAUCUUAGAAGUUCGGACGAACCCUCGCAACCGGAAACAUAUAAUGUCGUAGAAAUAAGAGCGCAUCCGAAAUUCAGUCGAAUCGGUUUUUACAAUGACAUUGCCAUAUUAGUUUUAGACAGAGAUGUUAAAAAAUCAAAAUUUGUCAUACCUUUAUGCUUGCCCGAACGGUAUAGAAGUGAUAAUUUUGUCGGUAAUCGUCCCACUGUCGUCGGAUGGGGUACUACGUACUACGGUGGAAAAGAAAGCACGACGCAAAGACAAGCGGAACUUCCGGUUUGGAGAAACGAAGAUUGCGAUCGUGCUUAUUUUCAACCGAUCGAUGAAAAUUUCAUAUGUGCCGGAUAUGCAGACGGUGGAAAAGAUGCCUGUCAGGGUGAUUCUGGCGGUCCAUUAAUGGUUCACAAAGGAAGUAGAUGGAUGCAAAUAGGUAUCGUUUCAUUCGGUAAUAAAUGCGGGGAACCGGGUUAUCCAGGAGUGUAUACGAGAGUCACGAGAUAUUUAGACUGGAUUAGACAAAACACGUACUGA